CGCUGCACGACUGUCAAGUAUUCGAGGUGGACCAGAACUUCGCGCUCUUUGACACAAAGUGGCGGCGCUGGAAGAAAUGGACGCCUCGCUGAUACCUGAGCGCCACGAGAUGGUCGUGGCUGAUGUGAAUGACUUCAACUGGGAGGAGAAGCUGCUGUCUGCGGGGUUCGACCCCAGCGCUCCGACGUUCUGGGCUCUGGAAGGACUGACGAUGUACUUGGAGCGCGGCAGCAACAUCGCACUGCUGAAAACUAUCGACAUCUUGUCAGCUCCUGGUAGCGAGAUCUGGGGGGACGUCGGCGGUCGUGCGCCAGAGGAUUUGUGCAGUUGAUCAGAUGAUCUGAUCAACUGCACAAUCCUCUGGCGCACGACCGCCGACGUCCCCCCAGAUCUCGCUACCAGGAGCUGACAAGAUGUCGAUAGUUUUCAGCAGUGCGAUGUUGCUGCCGCGCUCCAAGUACAUCGUCAGUCCUUCCAGAGCCCAGAACGUCGGAGCGCUGGGGUCGAACCCCGCAGACAGCAGCUUCUCCUCCCAGUUGAAGUCAUUCACAUCAGCCACGACCAUCUCGUGGCGCUCAGGUAUCAGCGAGGCGUCCAUUUCUUCCAGCGCCGCCACUUUGUGUCAAAGAGCGCGAAGUUCUGGUCCACCUCGAAUACUUGACAG